CGUGGAAACACAAUUUCAUUUCGCUGGUGAUCAUAUUUAACACACGCUGUUUCCGUCGCGCUUUUCGAGUUAGGGCAGAACCUGACAACCCAGAAACAACAUGAAGUCCUUCACCUUCAUCUUCUUCGUUGCCCUUAUUCCCAGUGUUCUAUCAAUCAACUGGUUUCCCGCCAUCUGCACUUGGGAUCCUCCUAUAUCUGUUGAGGCCGGAGCUUCGCUUUCGGCAAGAAUCGAUAAUCCCUGGGGCGGCCGCUGCACGGCAACCCUGCGACUCACUGACUCCGAGUUUCUGCCUAUCAAUUGGUCCUUCGAAGCCAUUCAAUGUACCGAUUUUGAGCUCGCCCAGCUGUCUGUGCCGGUAGAUUUGCCAAAUGGGGACGCAUAUAUUAUUUGGUGGGUGUGCGGCUCGCGUGUUCGAGGCAGUUGCUGACUCUCCACAGGCAGUGUGCGGGACAGGCGGCAUUGACUUGCAGCCAC